GCGCGCGCGGCGGAGCUGGCGGCCGCGGGCGAGGAGUGCCUGCUGCCCCUGGCGCAGUUCGCGGAGGAGCUGCUGCGCGCGCGGCUGGAGGACGCCGCGAGCCUCGCCCUGGCGGCACGGCUGGCCGAGGACGAGGCCGACGCGGCCGCCGAGGAGAGCUGGAGGGCGGCUGGGACGCGGCCGCGCCGGCUGCACCGGGGCUGGGCGCCGGGGGGGCCCCGCAGCUGGGCCGCCGGGCCAUGUAUGUUCUCACCACAUCAUCGCGCCGGGCAAGCGGCAGGCGAUCAAGGAGUGGGCGGCGCAGCUGGGCCUCGGCGGCCUGGUCAAGGUCGGCUGGCCCGGGCUCAUCGUCGUGGAGGGGGAGGAGGGCAGCGUGCGCGCGUAUGUGGAUGCGCUGUCGCGGCUGCGGUGGAAGCACUUCGUCGUGCGGGCUGAGCAGCAGGUGGAGGGCGAGAACGGCCAACCUCUCGACCGCCUCAGAGUCCUGCCCGUCGGCGUCGAGGAGUUCGGGGCUGACGGCAUGUCGGCCUUCGCCGCGAGGUGCCGGGAGCGCGGUCUGGAGGAGCUCUUCCUGCGGUGCAUGAAGCUGCGGAGGUGA